CACUAUUUUUUUCCGGAAGCGGAAGCAUUGUACUUGAAGUUUUGGAAUAGUUUUGCCAGAUGAUUCAGUGCGCUAGAUACUUUCUAACUAUCAGCGCGCGGUCAUCAUCAUGUCCUGUUGAGAUGGUGAACCAUCCCCCACUGUAGUAUCCCGUCCGAGCCAAGGACAUGGAGGAGUGCGAGUCCCCCCCUGCCAGAUUCAAGAGGAGGGCCUGGGCUCAGAGCCGAGACUCUUGGCAGGCUUCUGAGUCUCAGGACCAGGGCGCAGAGGAGCCGCUGUCUGCCCAGCCUAUGGAAGAUAAGACUUCGACAGCUUCAGAAACAGGUCGUAAACCAAAUCAAGUAGAGAACUGGCUCAGGACCUGCAGGACUCCUCUCGGGGCCUCUUUGGACGAACAAAGCGGCAGUCCAUCCAGAGGGCCAUUAAAGAAUGGCUGUAGCUUUGAAGAUGACCUAUCCCUGGGAGCUGAGGCCAAUCACCUCCAGAACAGCAGCACAAAAACAGAGGCCAAUGGCUAUGAAAUGGCAGCCAAGGCCAAAAGGAGCCAGUUCAAGCAGAAGGGCAGAAGUAUGAACUCCACAGGCUCUGGAAAAAGCAGCACCACCGUGUCCAGCGUGUCAGAACUUCUGGACCUGUAUGAGGAGGAUCCAGAGGAGAUCUUGUACAACCUCGGCUUUGGGCGUGAGGAGCCCGACAUCGCCUCAAAAAUCCCUUCUCGUUUCUUCAACUCGUCUUCUAGCGCCAAGGGCAUCGACAUCAAAGUUUACCUGGGAGCCCAGAUUCAGCGCAUGGAGCUGGAGAACCCGAACUACGCCCUGACAAGUCGGUUCCGUCAAACAGAAGUUCUGGCCACGGUGGCAAAUGUCUUCUCUGAGAUCUACUCCCAAGUGUCUGGAAGACCCAUGGAGAGAAUCGGCAGCGGCGACAUAGAGACUAAAACCCCCUCUCCAUUAAAAAGGAAUAAUUCCGCUCUGAAUGUGGCCAAGAUUCUAAAACGGAACAUUACGAAACAGAACCUGCUGGCCUCUGUCAUGGAAGGAACAGCCAAACAGCCUUCAGCGUCUGACGUUGACAACACAGAAGGUGCAAACUCUGAUGUAGGGGCCGGACUGAUGGAUACGGAGCACAAACUACAGCAGAAAGUCUUUAGAAAAAAAGAUUCAUCUCUGGCCACAGUGACUGAGGAGGCCCAACAAAGUAUCUCAGACGCUUCACUCAAUGGAAACGCCCCAAAACCUCUGUCUAAGGACUCUACGUUAAUGAAUGGUGACCACUCUACUGAGACACCAGCUCUGGAUAAAGACAUGUCCCUUUCCCCGGUCCUGGUGAGCAUCAGUCGGGUGUCUGACGAGAGUGACUUCAAGGAACUUGAGUGCCAGGAGACCAUCACUUCCACCCCAGAUAAAGAACCGACCAACCUGCUGCCCAACCCGCUCAUAGCCCACCUACUCAGCCAGCCCAGAGACUCAUUUGAAAUGGAGGAGUUGCAGAGCAAUGAGGAUGAAGCUCUUCCUGGUCCUGGUGGCACGUCUCAAGCUGGAAGCGAGAGGUUUUUGAGGACUGCCAGCCAGCAGUCUGACAGCAGCGGGUUUGCAGAGGACCCAUCCACAGACGGUUCGGGUAAUCACCUGAAGGUACAAGAAAGCUCAGAUAGCUGUGACAGCGAAACCACUGUGACAUCGCAUGCAGGAGAAGUCAGCACACUCAUAGCAUUGGAGUACCCCAACUUUGAGAGAUUGCAGGGUGAGGAAGCCCAUCCUCAGUCCAACAGAGGCACAUUUAGCCAGAGUGGAACAAACCGAGAACUCCCUGAGAUCACCAGCCUCCAGAGUCCCAAUCCAAACUCUGACCAUAUUAGCCCCAAUGGACCGCUCCUUUCUCCUGAUUAUGAUAGGGCUUCCAUAGUUGAGUCCAAUUUCACUACAGCGCAAGAACCCACCACAGACUCUCCAGAAGUGGAUUCGAGUACAAUGGUAGAUCCUGCAAUAGAUUCCAACUUGGAUGUAGCUCAUGAAGGCAACAUAUGCCAGCCUGGUUUAGGCAUCGAUCUAGACUUCUCUGAGGAUUUACGUCUAUCCUCUGGGCCAGAGUCUUCAGAUCUUCCAGAGACUUUGGACCUUGAGCAAUGCCACGCUACGACUCAAAGACAAAUGGACCUCCAAACAGCCCAUCAGAGGUCAUCCUCUAUGGAUGAGGAGCGUCCUGCCAGAGUAUGGGUGAGGGACAGGAACUUGCUGAGGGAAAGCUUGGAGAGGAAUCCUUUAAGGAGAUCCAGCUCCCUCCCAACCUCUCCGCUCAGCCCAGCUCGAGUGGUCACCUCCAUGCGAAUCCAACUUGGAAAGGGUUCGGUCAAGCACUGUACCCCACCCUCAUACUCAUACCGCUACGAUGAGGAGAAUCUCAGUGUCCGAGAAGAAGUGGAUUCCAUUAUGGAAACAGAUGAAGUAGAUCAUGGCCAGUCUGAGCUCUUGAAAUCUGCUCCAGCAGGUGGAUCAAAGACGGACAAGGGAACGCCACCACAUCUUCUCAAUGUACCCCAGCAUCUGACUCUCUCAUCCAGCUCGCUUUAUAGUGUCCCUACAGACUGGCCCCAGAGGCCCUUGGGUGAAGGUCCAAACUGGAGCACAUGUAGCGUCCCAAACCUUAGUCAAUUUACAGGUCUGGCCCACCCUCCUCCUCCUCCUCAUGGGUCCUUCUACUCUCCCCAACACGGAGUGGCCUACAACUCCUCGUACCCUACCGGAGUUCCCCACCACACUCCUUUCUCACAAACGCAGAGUUCACCUUAUCCUCAACCACUUAAGAGCAAUAUAUUUACUCCACCACAGGGGACGCCGUUUACACUCCAGCACAAUAUGCAUUAUGCUCAUCCUCACAGUUUACCUUACAACCCAUUCUAUUCACCUUAUAAUGUUGCUCAGGGAGCUCCCUGCGGCCCCUCAUUGAACAUGCAUGGCAGCCCGUACCAACCUCACGUCCCUCUCGCACAAUCCCACAGUGCCCCCUAUAGACUGGGCUACAACGGUUCUCCUCAUCACCCUGGUGCCCCUUACAGUCAUCCAUACUGUCCAUCUCCCCCCUACCCUUGCUCUUUUGAGACGCCUCCUGCACCUGUCCCUGUGAUGGGCAGCACAGAGAUGCAGCUCAGGAGGGUCCUGCAUGACAUUCGUGGGACAAUGCAGAACCUUGGUCAGAGCUCAUCCGUGCAUGGAGGGGACACACCCAUUGACAGGAUCAGCACACCGUGCUCUGUCCAACCGCUUUAUGAGGAGCUCCAGAUGCGACGCAGGAGUCUGAAUGUCUUCCGGACUCAGAUGAUGGAUCUGGAGCUGGCUCUCAUGAGACAGCAGUCUAUGGUCUACCAGCAUCUCAGUCCAGAUGAGAGGCGGGAGGCGGAACAUCUUGAAGCACUGCGGACGGCAGUCAGGCAGGAGCUGCAGGAGUUGGAGCUGCAGUUGGAAGAUCAUCUGCUCACCCUGAAUGAACAGAUGCGCAGCAGCUCGCAGCACAGCAACCUCUACCGCCACCACAUGGGCAUGCACAGAGGUCACAGCAUGGAAAGCCUGUCUAAUUCUUCAGCACUGCAGGCCAUGGAGCCGGUGACAGACCUCCUGAAGGAGCAAUUGUACCUUCAGUCUGAACUGGGAUAUGAGGCUGCCACACUCAGUUCAGGCCACUCGUCGAGGGCGUCCAGCCCUGGAAGAUUCAACCGAACGCUUGAGUCUUGCUCUCCUUCCCCACAGAGAGGCAGCGUUUACCGGGCAACCCUCAACCUCACACCCACCGUCCCUGCAAGGCCUGGAAUGGACAUUCCUCGGCCUGUUUCUCCAGAGAGGAUGGAGCAGAACAUGACACUUGCUUCCUUGGAGUUGAGCAGAGAUGAGGACGAGAUGUCACUGGAUGGACACAGGAGCAGGACGACGGAAGACUGCAGUCCCACCGAAUGGAGGAGUACAAGUGGAGGGAAUGGUGACCUGCAAAAUCUUAUACAGGAGAUUAAAGAAAGUAUCACACAUGAAAUCAGGCAGGAGAUUGUGAACGAGCUUCUGGCUGCUGUGUCUCCACGUAGAUCUCCUCUCCCAGCCAGGAAGCCCCCUGUGUGAGCAUCAUAACGGAGGAUGGAGCAGGUGAAGAAGUAAAUCCUGUGAAAUAGUCACAACGAACACUGGUUAAAGCUUUGCACUGAGAACGGCUCAGCAUCUCUCUCUGGUUCGGUCCGUGAAGCCCUUCCAGACUCGACUGCUUCUGGACUAGAGCUACAGGGAAUAUGCUCAUGCAUUUGAGUCCAGAUUCCAAUUUUGCAGUGGUUGAGAUCUUCCACUGUCCGAAUCCGCGAAGGGCACAAGGCUUAUUGUGGUAUCCGUCUGGUACAUAUAUUACAGAAAUGUAAUAAAUCUUUUGGGAUGUAUUUUAGUAUGUGAUGCAGGUCUUGUUGGAUGUUUGCAGAGGAUAAAAGGGCUGUGGGUAGCUAAAGUUUUCUGUUUGAGUGUGUCUUUGUCUGUCUAGGACAAAAAUGUCUACUGAAUCAGACUUGUUUUCUAAUUCAGCCUCUGUGAGGAACUAACUGUGCAAUACAUUUAACUUUUUUCUCUCAAACUUGAACUGAUCAAUCACAACUACUGUUCUACUCAAACUGCACACAGCUGUCUUCAUUUCCUGUUAUACUGUAUGUAUAGACACUUAAGACACUUCAAAGCACAUUUUUAAAUAUAUUGUCCUGUGAGAAGAAAAAGCACUAAACUCUCUUUAUAUAAACACACACAUUAGCAAGCCCAUGAAAUAUAUAUUUUUUAUUUUCCUUCAAACAGCAGUGGAUAGUCAAAUCUUCAGAUGAGGAUUUAAAGUGUUCGACUUAGUUUUCCUCAGUGUGAAUGAGUUUUUUUUAUUUUUUUAAUCUAAGCUGUAAUGAAUUGUAUUACUAACUGAUUUAUGCGACAAAGGGGACAUGUUCCCUUUCCGCUUGGGAUGCAUGAGGGAUAAUCUUUAAUGGAAAUCAUUAAUAAAGAUUUAUUUAUUUUGUACA